AUGCAUCCUAAGGACGUCCCGAAGAAAAAGAGUGGCACUUCUCUGAAGAGAGGGCGCGGCAAGAAGGCACCAGACUCUUCUGCUUCCAAGGAUCCUCCUCUGCUCGCGUUACGAUUUCCCGAAAAACUGUGGAGGAUCGUCAAUGAUUGCAGAUCGGGCGCUAUCUCCUGGUCCAUGGACGGCUCGGCCAUAGCGAUUGACUACACGAAGUUCCAGGUUGGCUAUCUCGAAAAUCACUCCGAUAUCUUCAAGACAAAAAACAUUGCAAGUUUCAUCAGACAGCUCAACUUGUAUGGAUUUCGGAAGAUCAGUCCCCCUUGCAGUCUCGACAGCGAGAAGACCGGCCUUCACUUCUUUAGGAACAGAUUGUUUGCAAAAGGGCGGCCAGACUUGCUGCCGGAAGUGAAUCGCAAGAGUGGGGAGCUGCGGUCCAAGGCACAGAAGCACCAUGAUUCCUUGUACAAGGCAGCCUUCCAAAACUGCUACUGCGGGCUCAUGCAAUACCAGGGGUGCCCGCAGUGUCGCAACAAGGUGCCGCGUCACGAAUACCGCGAGGAGAUGGUCUGCCUGGAGAAAUCACCACUCGCUCACUCGUCACUAAGCGCUAAACUACCGGAGAGUUGCACUGACAAUACGUGCCACUGCAGUGAUAUCAGGAGUGAGGACACAUCCUUAAACUCGCCAGAUUCCACCAGUGAACCGACUACCAGCGAUGACAACUGCACAGCCAAUGACACCUAUAAGGAAGGCUCCGAUGGUGACUAUCAGACAUGUGUCCAACCUCUACCACCUCCCGCGCCUCCUGCCAUUGUCUACACUCCGCCGCGACUAGAAUCCACAGCGUUGGCCUGGUUGCUAGAGUACUUGCCGGCGUCGCCAAAGCCGCCACCGCAGCGGCGACGGCGGCGGCGUCGUGUGUGCCCUGUCAUCCAACCUGAGGACACCAUGCAGCCCAACUGCGACAUUAAAACCUUGCUUGACCCCAACGAGUCACCUAAGGUAGUGCUGCGCCACUUGGGGCGCGAUGAGGAGCUUGUCCGCACACCACCGAUCGAGGAUUUAUUCUCGCUUAAUGACCACGUCCGUGACGCUGAAACAACAGACAUAGGCAGCCUCUGCUGCAUCUUCGCCACCGAGGACGUCUCCAUUGAUGUGGUCGAGCCAGUCGCAGCAGCGUACAUCCCCAGCCCGGGCAUAGCAGUUCCACGUGCGGGUUCUGGCUAA